AUGGUGAACCAGGUUCAGCGAGCGGAUGGUAGCUGGCAGUCAUGCAAGAGUGACUCAAGCGGUGCGGGCACCAGCGGAGAGAGUUCCAAGGAGAGCUCCCGGUGUUCCACACCAGUGCUGGACGCAGAUCGUGCGGACAGGUUGCGGGACAAAAUGAGGAGGCGGAUCGAAUCCGGGGACCACUGGUUCUCUCUAGAAUUCUUUCCCCCUCGGACUGCCUCGGGUGCAGUCAAUCUCAUCUCCAGAUUUGACCGUAUGGGCUCUGGAGGGCCACUCUUCAUCGACAUUACAUGGCAUCCCGCUGGAGACCCGGGUUCAGACAAGGAAACGUCGUCCAUGAUGAUUGCCAGCACUGCGGUCAACUAUUGUGGCUUGGAGAGCAUCCUACACUUAACAUGCUGCAACCAGACCAAAGACAAGAUCACUGGCUACCUAGCUAAAGCAAAGCACUUGGGCCUGAAAAACAUUAUGGCCUUAAGAGGAGACCCACUGGGUGCUGAUUGGGAGGAUGAGGAAGCUGGCUUCAACUAUGCUAUUGACCUUGUAAAACACAUCCGAUCAGAGUUCGAUGAUUACUUUGACAUAUGUGUAGCAGGUUAUCCCACUGGCCAUCCAGAGGCAGAAAGUUAUGAGGAAGAUGUGCAACACCUAAAGGAGAAGGUGGAUGCUGGAGCAAACUUUGUAAUCACUCAGCUCUUCUUUAGGGCGGAAUCCUACCUUAAAUUUCUUGAAGACUGUCGUGCAGUUGGGAUCACAUGUCCCAUCCUUCCAGGGAUUUUCCCCAUUCAGGGCUACCAGUCCCUGCGUCAGCUUGUCAAGUUGUCCAAACUGGAGGUACCCGAGGAGAUCAUGAAAGUCAUCGAGCCCAUCAAAGACAAUGACGCUGCCAUCCGUAACUACGGAAUCCAACUCGCGGUGGAAAUGUGCAAAGUGUUGCUGCAAAGCGGCAAGGUGCCCGGCCUGCACUUCUACACCCUAAAUCGAGAGGUUGCCACCAUGGAGGUCCUACGGCAGCUCGGCUUGUGGAUAGAGGACCCCAGGCGGCCUCUCCCGUGGGCGGUGAGCGCAAAUCCCAAGCGUAAAGUUGAAGAUGUGCGACCAAUCUUCUGGGCUUCCAGGCCUAAGAGCUACAUCUACAGAACCCAGGAAUGGGAUGAGUUCCCAAAUGGCAGAUGGGGUAACUCCUCAUCUCCAGCUUUCGGUGAAUUGAAUGAUUACUACUUGUUCUACUUGAAGAGCAAGUCAUCUAAAGACGCCCUGCUGGAGAUGUGGGGAGAGGAGCUGAAGAAUGAGCAGAGUGUCUAUGAGAUCUUCACCUGCUAUAUUACAGCCCAACCAAAUCGCAAUGGACACAAGGUUAUGUGCAUGCCGUGGAAUGACGAGCCUCUGGCCCAAGAAACCAACCUGUUAAAGGAUGAAUUGGAGAAAGUGAACAGACGAGGCGUGCUUACCAUCAACUCCCAGCCCAACAUCAAUGGCAAACCCUCAACUGACCCAAUCGUGGGCUGGGGGCCUCCUGGAGGUUACGUCUUUCAAAAAGCUUACCUGGAAUUCUUUACAUCAAGCGAAAAUGUGUCUGCGCUCCUCGAAGUACUAAAGAAGUACGAGCCCCGUGUUAACUACCACAUUGUUAAUGUCCACGGCCAUAACCGCACCAACGCUCCGGACAUGCAACCUAACGCUGUGACGUGGGGGAUAUUCCCUGGUAGGGAGAUUGUUCAGCCCACUAUUGUGGACCCGGUCAGCUUCAUGUACUGGAAGGAUGAGGCUUUUGCAUUGUGGAUUGAGCAGUGGGCCAAACUGUACGAAGAUGAGUCGCCUUCGCGGAUGAUCAUCAAAUAUAUCCACGAUAACUACUUCCUGGUGAACCUGGUGGACAAUGACUUCCCAUUGGACAACUGCCUAUGGCAGGUGAUUGAUGACAUGUUUGAACAACUGGAUGCGUCUCCACAGGCAUCACUCCAUGAACUAUUAUCAUAG